GGGGCGCGUUCGUGGCCUCGGCUGUCAAUCACCGGGUCCCAGUCGGUGAUUACUUGACGGCACCCGGUGAUCGCCAAGUAUCUCCUGUGUAUAAACAACACAGAUCUCUCCCCUGUCAGCUCAUGCACACAUCUUUGUAUGGCUCUGUAUAGCAGAGCCAGUAAAGCACACACACAGUCAACAUAGUGAAACAGCACACAGCACACAGUUAACCCUUUGAUUGCCCCAGAUGGUAACUCCUUCCUGCCCAUUGCCAUUAGUACAGUGUCAGUGCUUUUUAUUAGCACUGAUCACUGUAUUGGUGUCACUGGGGAUGUCAGUGACACCAAGUCAGUUCCCCCCAGUGUCAGAAUGCCUGCCGCAGUCCUGCUUUAAGUCAUUG